CCAAAAUUCAAUCUCCCUCAGAACUUAAGCCUAGCGGAUAAGGAAAGAAGGGCUCUCUUCUCUUCAAACACAAACUAAGAAGAGCGAAGAAGAAAAACCAGGAGAAAGCAGUAGUAAUGGCGAUGAAUUUAGCCACAACCACCACCCCUUCUUGUUCCUCUUCUUCUGCAGCUCAGAAAGGGGGAAAUUUCUCACAAGGUACAGCAAUCCCUUCCUUUUCCCUAAAACCCAAAACCCCAAUUUCUUCUUCUUUUUCUUCUGUCUCUACAUUUUCCCUUCACACAAACAGUACCAGAGGUUUUGGUCUUUCACUAAAAACUGGCACUAAGCCCUUCCGGCUGACUGUCCGGGCGGCCAGGGGGAAAUUUGAGCGUAAAAAACCCCAUGUUAACAUCGGCACUAUUGGCCAUGUGGACCAUGGCAAAACCACCCUGACGGCUGCCCUAACAAUGGCCUUAGCCUCCCUCGGUGGCAGUGCCCCCAAGAAGUACGAUGAGAUUGAUGCAGCGCCGGAGGAGCGCGCCAGAGGGAUUACCAUUAACACUGCUACUGUGGAGUACGAGACAGAGAAUAGGCAUUAUGCUCAUGUGGAUUGCCCUGGCCAUGCUGAUUAUGUCAAGAAUAUGAUUACCGGGGCCGCACAGAUGGACGGAGCUAUACUGGUCGUAUCCGGGGCGGACGGUCCAAUGCCGCAGACCAAGGAGCAUAUUCUCCUUGCCAAGCAGGUUGGGGUCCCCAACAUGGUGGUCUUUCUCAACAAGCAGGACCAGGUUGAUGAUGAGGAGUUAUUGCAGCUGGUUGAAUUGGAGGUGAGGGAGCUACUGUCUUCCUAUGAGUUUCCAGGUGAUGAUGUGCCCAUUGUGUCAGGGUCUGCCCUGUUGGCCCUGGAGGCACUCAUGAAGAAUCCUAGCAUAAAACGUGGGGAGGACAACUGGGUUGACAAGAUAUAUGAACUCAUGGACUCAGUUGAUAGUUACAUACCUAUUCCUGCAAGGCAAACUGAUCUGCCAUUUCUGAUGGCAGUGGAAGAUGUUUUCUCCAUCACUGGUCGAGGAACUGUUGCGACAGGCAGGGUAGAGAGGGGGAUGGUCAAGGUUGGUGAGACAGUGGAGAUUGUGGGGCUAAAGGAGACCCGGGUGUCAACAGUAACUGGUCUGGAGAUGUUCCAGAAGCUUCUGGAUGAGGCCAUUGCAGGGGACAAUGUGGGGAUGCUGCUCAGAGGUAUCCAGAAGGGUGAUAUAGAGAGGGGGAUGGUGCUGGCAAAGCCCGGGACCAUAACACCACAUUCCAAGUUUAAUGCAAUUGUGUAUGUGCUGAAGAAGGAGGAGGGGGGCAGGCAUUCUCCUUUCUUUGCAGGAUACAGGCCUCAAUUCUUCAUGAGGACAACUGAUGUGACAGGGAAGGUGUCUGCAAUCAUGAAUGAUAAGGAUGAGGAGUCAAAGAUGGUGAUGCCAGGGGAUAGGGUUAAAAUGAUUGUGGAAUUAAUUAUGCCAGUGGCAUGUGAGCAGGGGAUGAGAUUUGCUAUUAGGGAAGGGGGCAAGACGGUUGGUGCUGGUGUCAUUGGAGCAAUUAUCGAAUAGGGGAAUAAUUUCAGGUUAUAAAUGCUAGCUGAAUUUUUUUUCCACAUUUGUUUUAUUAGGAUAUUUUGCAACGGAGUCAGCCACAUUGAUUCUAUCUGCAAUUUUAUUGUAGAGCUCUUAUAUGUCACUUUUGAUAGCAGAAAUGGAGGCCAGUAUCAAAUGGUUGUUUUCAUCACGUGUAGAGGUGAGAGAUGCAAGACUUACCAUAAAGGUCUGUGAGAAUGAGUUGUGGAUGCUAUGAAUUAUAAUUAGAAAUGGCUCAUGCUUCAAAAUUA